AUGGCUGUCCGUGCCCAAUUUGAAAACAGCAACGAAAUCGGCGUCUUUUCGCGCCUUACCAACUCUUAUUGUCUUGUUGCCUUGGGUGGUUCCGAAAACUUUUACAGUGUUUUCGAAGGCGAGCUCGGUGAUGUUAUUCCCAUCGUGCAUACUUCUAUUGCCGGCACCCGUAUCAUUGGCCGUUUGACGGCAGGCAACAAGAAUGGCCUCCUUGUCCCCAGCACUACCACUGAUCAAGAAUUGCAGCAUUUGCGCAACUCGCUUCCAGACAAGGUGGCCGUGCAGCGUGUGGAAGAACGAUUGUCGGCUCUUGGCAAUGUGAUUGCAUGCAAUGAUUACGUUGCCUUGUGCCAUCCAGAUAUCGAUCGUGAGACCGAAGAAAUCAUUGCCGACACCCUUCAAGUUGAAGUAUUCAGACAAACCGUUGCCGACAACGUAUUGGUGGGAGCCUACUGUGCAUUGAGUAACCAAGGUGGUUUGGUGCAUCCUCGUACUUCUAUCCAAGAUCAAGAUGAAUUGUCAUCGUUGUUGCAAAUUCCUUUGGUUGCUGGUACAGUCAACCGUGGUUCGGAUGUUAUUGGUGCAGGCUGUGUCGUCAACGAUUGGUCUGCUUUUGCAGGCAUGGAUACCACUUCAACAGAGUUGAGCGUUAUUGAAAGCAUCUUCAAGCUCCAGGACGCACAACCUACCGCCAUCGUCAACGAAUUACGCGAUACUUUGGUCGACACCUACUCAUAA